AUGGCCCAAAUGUCACACCGGGCAGCUAUGCUUCUUCUCCUCGUCGCCGCCGUGCUGUCCGUCACCGCCGCGGCGUCGGCGGCCUCCUCCCGUUCCAACCCCCACCCGCUGGACCCCCUCACCCCUGAGGAGGUUACGGCGGUCCGCGCCGCGGUGCUCGCCUCCCCGCUCGUCCCCGCCCGCCCGCUCACCUUCCACUACGUCGGCCUCGACGAGCCCGACAAGGCCGACGUCCUCGCGUACGCCUACGGCGGCACUGGCACCGGGGGCUUGUCCUCGCGUCCGCCCCUGCCGCGACGGGCGCUCGUGGUCGCCCGCGCGGGCGGGCAGUCCCACGAGCUCCGCGUGGACAUCGCCAGCAACGGCACCUCCGCCACCGUCCUCUCCCACGCCGUCCACCGCGGCGCGGGCUUCCCGAUUCUCACGCUCGAGGAGCAGUUCGCGGCGGUGGCGCUGCCGCCCGCGUACCCGCCGUUCGUGGACUCCGUGCGGCGCCGCGGGGUGGACAUGGACGACGUGCUCUGCGCGGUGUUCCCCGUCGGCUGGUUCGGCGGCGGCGGCGCCGGGGCCGGGGCGCCCAAGCGGGUGGCGAAGAUGCUGUGCUUCGUGGCCGGCCCCACGGCCAACUUCUACGCGCGGCCGAUCGAGGGCGUCACCAUGGUGGUGGACCUCGACGCCAUGGCCAUCGUCGGGUACAGAGACCGGGUGACGUACCCCGUGCCCAAGGCCGAGGGCACGGACUACCGGGCGGGCAAGACCGGGCCGCCGCUCGCCGGGCUGCAGCCGGCGCCGGGUGUCGCCGUGCAACCGGAGGGCAGGGGCUUCCACAUUGACGGCCACGUCGUCAGGUGGGCCAACUGGGAGUUCCACGUGGGCUUCGACAUGCGCGCGGGCACGGUCAUCUCGCUGGCCUCGGUCCACGACGCCGACGCCGGCACGCGGCGCCGGGUGCUGUACCGCGGCUUCGUCUCGGAGGUCUUCGUGCCGUACAUGGACCCGGUCGAGGAGUGGUACUACCGCACGUUCCUGGACGCCGGCGAGUACGGCCUGGGCCUCUGGGCGUUCCCGCUCCAGCCCGGCGCCGACUGCCCCGCCAACGCCGCCUACUUCGAUGGCUCCUACGCCGGGCAGGACGGCAAGCCCGUCAGCGGCGAGAACAGGAUCUGCGUGUUCGAGCGGUACGCCGGCGACGUCGCGUGGCGCCACACCGAGGCCGGGUUCCCGGCCCGAUUGAUCACGGAGGUCCGGCCUGACGUGACCUUGGUGGUGAGGAUGGUGGUGUCGCCCGGCAACUAUGACUACAUUCUGGACUGGGAGUUCAAGACCAGCGGCUCCAUCAAAUUCGUGGUGUCUCUCACCGGCCUCCUGGAGGUGAAAGGGACGUCGUACACGCACGCCGACGAGCUCACGGUGGACGCGCACGGCUCGCUGGUCUCCGAGAACACGCUCGCCAUCUACCACGACCACUACGUCACGUAUCACCUGGACCUGGACAUCGACGGCACCAACAACUCCUUCGUCAAGAACAUCAUCACCGCCAGGCGCAACACGGGGGACCCGGCCACGGGCGGCGCCGACACGCCGAGGCGGAGCUACUGGACGGUGCGGCGCGAGGUGGCGGAGACGGAGUCCGACGGGCAGGCGGACGUCAACGCCGGGCCCGCCGACCUGCUGUUCGUGAACCCUGGCAAGAAGACCCGGAUGGGGCACGAGGUCGGGUACCGCCUCAUCCCGUCGGGGGCGACGGCGGCGUCCGUGCUGGCCGACGAUGACUGCCCGCAGCGGCGGGCGAGCUACACCAAGAAGCAGGUGUGGGUGACGCCGUACAGCAAGGCCGAGAAGUGGGCGUCCGGGCUGUACGCCGACCAGAGCACCGGGGCCGACAGCCUGACGGCGUGGAGCAGGAGGAACAGAGGGAUCAGGGACGAGGACAUCGUGCUGUGGUACACGCUGGGGCUGCAUCACAUACCCUACCAGGAGGACUUCCCGGUGAUGCCCACGCUGAGUGGCGGCUUCGAGCUCCGGCCAUCCAACUUCUUCGAGAGGAACCCGAUUCUCAGGAUCAGACCACCCAGCCCGCACGGCGCCUCCGCCAAUUGCUCGUGCUAUUCCAGGUGA